ACUGCGUGGAUCGGAUCGGCUCGCUGGUGACGCACACGCUGCGCCGGAAGUGCGAGCCGUCAGCUCCCGGGUUCUGUCAUGGCGUCUGCUGCAGCGCGUUGGAACCACGUGUGGGUCGGCACCGAGACUGGGAUCCUGAAAGGGGUGAACCUUCAACGAAAACAAGCCGUGAACUUCACGGCGGCGGGACAGCCGCGGCGCGAGGAGGCGGUGAGCGCCCUGUGUUGGGGCGCAGGCGGCGAGACCCAGAUUCUGGUGGGCUGCGCAGACAGAACAGUGAAGCACUUCAGCACUGAGGAGGGCAUAUUCCAGGGUCAGAGGCACUGUCCCGGCGGGGAAGGCACGUUCCGGGGCCUCGCCCAGGCGGACGGCACCCUCAUCACAUGUGUGGAUUCUGGGAUUCUCAGAGUCUGGCGUGAAGAUGACAAGGAGGCAUCCUCUGACCCACUCCUGGAACUAAGGGUGGGCCCUGGGGUGUGUAGGAUGCGCCAAGACCCAGCACACCCCCAUGUGGUUGCCACAGGUGGAAAGGAGAACGCCUUGAAGGUGUGGGACCUACAGGGGUCUGAGGAACCUGUGUUCAGAGCCAAGAAUGUGCGGAAUGACUGGCUGGACCUGCGGGUUCCCAUCUGGGACCAAGACAUACAUUUCCUCCCUGGGUCACAGAAGCUUGUAACCUGCACAGGGUACCACCAGGUCCGGGUCUAUGACCCAGCCUCCCCCCAGCGCCGGCCAGUCCUAGAGACCAACUAUGGAGACUACCCACUGACAGCCAUGACCCUCACUCCUGGGGGCAAUUCAGUGAUCGUGGGGAACACGCACGGGCAGCUGGCAGAAAUUGACUUCCGGCAAGGGCGCCUACUGGGCUGUCUGAAGGGACUGGCAGGCAGUGUUCGUGGGUUGCAGUGCCACCCUUCAAAGCCCCUACUGGCCUCCUGUGGCUUGGACAGAGUCUUGAGGGUACACAGGAUCCAGAAUCCACGGGGCCUGGAGCAUAAGGUUUAUCUCAAGUCGCAGCUGAACUGCGUCCUCCUGUCAGGCAGGGAUAACUGGGAGGAUGAGCCCCAAGAACCUCAAGAGCCCAACAAGGUGCGCUCGGAAGACACAGAGACAGAUGAACUUUGGGCGUCCUUGGAGGCAGCUGCCAAGCGGAAGCUCCCUGAUUUGAAGCAGACCCAAGGGGCCCUCCAAACCAAAAGGAGAAAGAAGCGGCCUGGGUCCACCAGCCCCUGAAGCCCCUAUGCCCACUUUGUAAAUAAACAGCUAAACACCCA